AUGCAUUCUACGUGGCGUUUUGGUGCGUUCUGUCUCGUGCUAACCGUGAGCUGUCUUUGGCCGCAACCUACGGUGGCUACGCUCCAGGCGAACACCAACCCCUCGGUCAAGGAGUUUGGCACGGCAGAUUCCGCCCUGGUGCAGUGCUUCGACAAGACAAUCUACGCCUUUAGCCACAGCCCAUCCUCGGUGGUUCACAUCACGGACAAGAACAUCAACUACGUCAAGGUGGAAACGCUGAAUACGGCGUAUCAUGGCGGGGUGAAUGCCGAAAUCACCGGAGGUGCCAUUAAGAAGCCGAACAUCGUCAUCACGUUGACGGAGGGCUCGAACAAACCCAUCUUCAAAAGCAACGUCCGGGUAACGAUGUUCUGUGAGGCUUAA